CACUCUCCGUGUAUUCCUUGUAUAUCAGUCUCUUCGUCUUUCAACAUCUAUCUAUCUACUCUUCUUGCUUAAACCACAUUGAUCAAACCGACUCAAAGGUUCAUUGAUACCUCCAAUCUUGACCUUUUGCAGAAUGCCUCAAUCUCAGCAAUAUUGGCUCCCCGGAUAUGGGCUAUCACGUCAUGUCGUCGUUACCCAAAUACAAUUUUUCCUGGGGCCUGCUUCUUCGGCCAGGCCGUUUAGUUUUCAGGGACGUGAAGGCUACCUUAUAACUGGGACGCGUCUGACUCGGCAGCAAAUCGAGGAUCUAACGACCAUGUCUUUGGAAUACGAGAAAGGUGCUGCUAUGAGGAUGGCUCACAACAACCUCAAUUUUACUACCAACGGCAAAUCGGCACAGUAUAUCAAUGAAUUGGUAAGCUUUGGACCACGCGAUCAGGAACCAGAACUUCCCACCGAUCGAAAAAACGACCGCGAAAGAGAAACCGAGAGAAAUGGAGACAGAUACGUUCCAUCGGACCGUCGUACCCGGCAGAAACAAUCGUGGUGAAAAUAAUAUUUGCCAAUCGUAUCAUCCGAUCAUUUACGUUCAAAAACCUCUGCCGGUGUUUGGACAUUAGGGAAGGGCUUUUCGAAAGUUCUUAGCAAUUUUCUCACCUGCGACAAGUUGAUCCGUCUCCCAAAAUAACUCGCUCGGGGGUUGGGGUGGAAACGGGCCUGGGAUUUGGAAUCGGCAACGUCACGGUUACUUUCAGGCGAUUGGAAUAGGACGGAUAUCGUUGGUUUUUUCGGAAUGGAAGCGAUACGGAGUUUCGAAGGAGUUAUUGGAUAGCGAAAAAAUCUGUAAUCGACUUGUUUCACUAUUUUCUAUCCAAAUCGACUUUUUCGUGCUGAACAAUUCUGUGCAUGAGUGUUUUCGAAUCGCCUUCCUUCCUCCACCCUAAUAUCGAUUUCAGGCUUACUUCCGCAAGUGGUAAGCUAAUACGCACAUAGAAAUCCUACCUCCGAAAAUACCAGUACAGGACCCGGGAUACAUCGCGGGGCUGAAGCAGAAACGGGGAUACAGUGGGCAACAGAACACUUUUACAGACCUUGGAUCAUCCCCUAAGGCCUUGGAAAUUCAAUGGACUUCACAUUCCUCCGGACAACCAACCACUUCAAGCCGUGGGUUUCCUAUUUUUGGGAUUUCUAAAUUGGAUGAUGGUAUAGAGCUUCUGAUUAGUUGUUCCCUCAUCUUGUCCCAGUGAACAAAAGCUAAGCCUGUAUGAAAAUAAUAUAUCAUCUGAAAGGCCGGUCUGGAAAAAGGAUCCAGUCCACCAAUUCCUCAGGAUGUUCCCGUUACGAGACGAGAUGCUGAUCUCCAUCGCCGCCUGUAUUCCCUGGACUGGGCCACGUUUCAUUCCAACUUACCUAUUUUUCUUUGGCAAUAUCAUAGGUAUAUUUAAAAAGGAUAGAAAGGAUAGAAAAGCAAAAUAAGUUUUUUGGCCUUAAAAUAGCCAUCUUGAAGGUCUCU